UUUCCUACUCUUUGGUUAAGACUUCAAUGAUACCCCGCUGUUGUUUUAUUAUUAUGUUAACAUAUUGUUUUUUAUCACGUUAAACUAAAAAAUAAAACGCUAGUGAUUAAAAUGCGCGCAUUUACCUUCAUUAGAAAAUUAAGUUGUGUACCUAAGAGUAAAAAUUUUAUAGAAGAACUGGAAACGAAUUAUAUUCCAACUAAUCUAUUUCAAAAAACUUUGCUAACUAUAGGUUCAGCCUCUGUAGCCCUACUUGAUCCUUAUAGGGGAGAUAUGAUUGCAUGUUUAGGUGAAGUCACAGGUGAGGCAUCUCUUAAGUAUAUGCGAGAAAAGAUGCUUGAAAAUAAUGAAGGAGCAGAAGUAUUGCGAGAGAUGCCACGAAUAAAUUCUCAAACAGUUUGCUUAAAAACACUCUCAGAGUUGCCUGAAGAGACCCUUGGUCGUGUUUACGCUGAUUUUAUGAAGGAAAACGGUAUAUCAGCUGAUUCACGGUUACCUGUACAAUUUAUCAAAGAUCCAGAUUUAGCUUAUGUAAUGCAAAGAUAUAGAGAAGUUCAUGAUUUAGUUCAUGCUACAUUAUUUAUGAAGACUACAAUGCUAGGUGAAGUUACCGUGAAGUGGGUAGAAGGUAUUCAAACAAAGUUACCAAUGUGCAUUGGUGGUGGUAUUUGGGGAGCAGCACGUCUUAAGCCAAAACAUCGACAAAUUUAUCUUAAAUAUUAUCUACCCUGGGCUAUCAAAACAGGCAAUAAUGCAAAAUUUUUACAAGGUAUCUAUUAUGAGAAGAGAUGGGAACAAAAUAUUAAUGAUUUCCAUAAAGAGAUGAAUAUUUUCAAGUUAACAGAAAGAUAAUAUUUUAAAGUGAAUACUUGCAAUAUUAUUAUUUAUUUCAAUAUUAGAUAUGUAUAGAAAUGAAACAAUUGUUCAAUGUAAAUAGAUAAAUAUUAGUACUCAAAUGUUUGUUGUUAAAGAAUGAAUUGG